AUGAUCCCCCCAUGCGACCCGUCUAUUUUAGAGAAGAACCCUUUGUUCAAACGCCUGUACGAUAAUCUCACGACGAGUCUUUUAAAUCCAGAUGGCUCUACACAUGCCUAUGAUGCAGACCCGGCCCGGACAGCUGCGGUAGAGGAAACGAAGCAAUGUCAAAUCCAAACUGCAACGAAGAAGAUCAAGGAAAGCACACUCCGACAGCUAGCCUUUGCGCCUGAAAGCGAACUUUCUGAUGAGGUAGGCGUGUCCAAAGAUACAGCAACCACGUCACAGGAGCUUGUUUCCCUCUUGCCUAACUUCUCAUGUAUUGACUUUCUUCAGUAUCACGAUAACAUAGCCAUCAUAUCCCUAUAUCUAGAGACACCGCGCGCCGCAAUUGACCCUGAAGGUCCAGCGCAAGACGGACAAGCACCGAGGCGAGACGAUGCCCUCUCAUUGCUAGCCCCCGAGGUCGAAACAUUCUACUCAAAUAUCCCAGCUUUAAUACUGCGAUUCUCGAACAUCCUGUCCUCGGCAAUUGAAGAGCUUCGAACAAUAGCGAUAACCGACUCGGACACACAUACACAGGCAGUGUCUAGCAAGCAGUCAGCCUUGUCACGGAGUAUCUCAGCUCCAUCUCGUCCAGUUUCUAACCAUAAUGCCCGGGCUCGGGCCCGAGACCGCCAAGUCAGAACCUCAAUGGCUCCUGUCCCACCUCUAUCGUCACAGCUUCGGGACCGAGUUCGCGCUCUCCGCCACAUCCAACUGUUUGAGCUACCAGCCGCAAGACGUAAGAUGGCCGCAACGGCAGCGGAAGUACUAGCAAUCAGAACGCUGGUCCUGGAGCGAACGGUUGUCAUCCUCGAGCGAGUGAAACAUGGCGCAUUGGCAAGAGCUACGAAGGCGAAGGUGGAGCAUUUGGCUACUGUUGCACAAGGCGCAGAAGGAAAACUAGAAGUUACCAAGCUUGAGAUUGCGGCUGCACUUUAUACGCCUGAGACCCUGGCUGCACUAGGACAUUACCGGAGACAUCUUCAGGAAGCCAGAUAUAAUCUUGAAGGGCGUCGUGCAAUCGCGAUAGAUGAGCUCAAGAGGUACGGAGACGUUGAGGGCUCAGACGCAGAUCGCGGUGGAAACGACCGAGGCCCCUUAGCGGAGAUUACUCGCCGUUACGGUUUACUUUUGAAAGAGGUUGAGACCGUGCAGUCAGAAAUUGCACGACUGGGCGAAUAA